UCAGCAGACAGGCGUCAUCAUGUUUAUUUAAACUCGCGCUUUCAUUUUCCAAAUGUUCUAUAUCAUGCAACCUACUAAAUUCAAAAUCUGCACAUGCGCACGAGGAUUGUUUGUUAUGGUGUUGUAGUGCUAAUUGACAAAAGAAAUGAUCAUCAUAAACCUGUUUAAUAUAUUGUCUAUAUCGAAAAACAAAAGAUUAGUCUUAAAUUCUCACAACAUGCAGUCAAAUGAUUACAUUCAAACGUGGAAAAAUAGAAAAAACUUGCUUCCAUUUUCGUUAAUCCGAGUGCUUGUUGCAUGUGUAAGCUGCUCAUCCUGUUUAUUUUUUUAAUGGUAGAAACAAAUUAAGUCCAAAUUGCUAUCAAGUAAGAUGCCUGGAACAAAGAUUCGUGAUGAAGAUCGAAAAAAAAAUCCACCCAAAAUUCAUAUGUACUUACUGUCAUCAUCUUCUUGUCAAUCCAAUGCAGACUUCGUGUGGACAUUUGUUUUGUGAAUCUUGUAUUGACAUUGUACUUGGAUGUUCUGAUCCGAGAUGUCCUGAAGAUGAACAAGAAUUAAACCAAAACGAGGUUUUCCCGGAUGCUUUUGCAAGGCGCGAGUUGAGAACGAUUCGUUUACAUUGUCCUUCUAACAAUUGCAAUUGGUUUGGUACCUACGAAGAAUUAGAAGGUCAUUCUCAAGUUUGUGAGCAUGCGCUCAUUAGCUGUGUACACAAACAAUGUAACAUUCAGUUACAUCGCUCUCUCCUUGAUGAACAUUUGAAGAAUGAUUGUGAAUAUCGAAAUGUGAAAUGUGAAUAUUGUGGGAAAGAUGUCCCUUAUGAUUCACUUAAGGACCACUUAGACAAUAUUUGUGACAAUGCACCCGUACCUUGCAAGUAUUGUAAGCAAUUGAUACAGAGGAAGAACAUUGAAAACCAUGAAAAUACAACUUGUGAUGAAGUGCCGACUGAAUGUGAAUUUCAAGCUAUUGGAUGUAACCAUAAUAAAACUUUAAAACGAAGGGAGAUCCAACAACAUAUGAAGGACAAUCUAAUUGAUCAUGUGAGCCUCCUGUUGCGAUAUGUUAUCGCAAUUGUUACGCAGUUAAGUAACUAUGUACCACCUUCGGAAUUUUCUAUUUGUGGUGAAGGCAUGGCUGACCGACCCAAUGCUGUUCGUGCCAAUCUCUCAGAAAAACUUGUGAUGUUAGAAGGUAAACUUACAGAUCUCAAAAAGACGAUCGACAAUCUCAAGCGUCGUGAUGGUAACGAUAGGGACGCCCAGUUGUAUGAAGCUGUUUUCUCAAUUCGUGAGAGGAUCAUGUCCUUGAGCGACAAAUGAUAAAUAAUUCAUCCAUCAUACAACGGAUUCGCGAGCGUUUAGAACAAAUUUUCGAGUCAUUGGCGCGUAACGCGCAACGUGGUGCCUGUGCACUGGGAUCUAACCAGGCUAUACACAGCUACAACGGUACGUUACUUUGGAAAAUUGAUAACUUCAAGAAGAAGAGACAGGACGCCAUAAAUGGUGUAAAAACAGCCUUGUACAGUCCGCCAUUCUACAGUUCUCAACCUGGUUACAAGAUGUGUGCUAAGAUCUAUAUGAAUGGCGAUGGUUUUGGAAAAGGAACUCAUUUAUCUUUGUUUUUUGUUGUUAUGAAAGGUUUAUUCUCUUUUAUCGUUAUUUUUUUGCAUUUGACUGCUCUAAAAUUAAAGCAUUUUUGCCAGCUAGAUAUAGAUAACAGGUUAUAUACAUUAUGGUUGUUAAUUCAGUUAUUUAACAAGUGUUUGGUCAUCAAAUGUUUUAUAUUUAAUAUCAAUAGUUUUUCCAAUUUGUCAAUUGCAAAAUGAACAUCCACAUCAAA